AGAGAGAGAGAGAGAGAGAGAUGUUUGUGAGGGAGGCGGAAGGAAAGGGAGAGGCGCAGACUUUCACGUCGCACGUUCCCAUGUGAAACCAAGUCAAAGCUGUCCUUUAACUUGUUUCACGUAAACAACUUGACCUUUGGCUCUCCAGAUACUUGCUUGAACGAGGAAUUUCAGCCAUUAGAAUUUAAUGGCGUGCCCGCCUCACAUUAAUACCGAGCUUUGUUUCAGGGAUUUUUUGGCCCAUUGUCAUCCCAUUCAUCGUAUUACGCCGAAACCGAAAACCCAUUUUCAGGACCCAAUCGAGCACCGAACCCAUUUUCAAAUCCCCAAACAAAACCCUAAACCGCCACCUACAGGUGCAAACUCGAACCAAAUUGAGCGACCCAAGAAUCGAAGGGAAGCCGCGUUCGAGGUUUUUCGUCCAAAUCAUUCGAGGCUAUCAAGUUUUGAGCACGUCAAGUUUAGCUUUGAAGAAGGAAUAACAUCAAUAAAACUCGAGGGACGUGUCGAAGAACGUUGUGGGGUCUGAAAAGGGGAGAAAGAAGGAGAAGAAAAGUCUCCUAGAAGACUUUAUAAAGUUUGUGAAGUAGUUGCAAGUGGGGAUGAAGUUCCAGUAGCCCUGGUGCAGUGUUCAUGGACCUUGAGACUAAUCGUGCUGAUUCUUCCUCGAGGAGGCAUUCUUUUAAAUUUUCAAAUGCUAUAAAUUCAAUAAAUGAUGAUACGCAUGAUGUAAUGGAAAGUGGUAUUGAUUUGCCCAUUAUUCCUGGGGAUGAUUUGUCCACUGCUUCCCCUGUAUCACCAUCAACAUGGGAGAUUAUAUCUCCUCUUUCUACUGAGGCUAUCAUUCAAUGCGAUGACAAAAAACAAGAGACCAAGAAAGAGGUACCAUGGCUGAUGGAUUACAGUUUACACAUUAUGCAUCUUGCUUUUUUCGGCAUUCUUGGGGUUUUAACAAGGUAUAUACUGCAAAAACUGUUUGGCCCUGGAGUGAUUGGUCUCACAAGCAACGGAAGUGUUCUGUACCUUGAUCUUCCUUCUAAUAUGGUUGGCUCGUUCUUGAUGGGAUGGUUGGGCAUCGUUUUCAAAGGAGAUAUAUCCAGAGUUUCAGAAUAUCUAGCCAUUGGACUGACAACUGGUUACUUGGGAAGCCUUACAACUCUCAGUGGUUGGAAUCAAAGCAUGCUUAACCUCAGUGUUCAAGGCAAAUGGGCUUUCGCUGUGUUCGGGCUUCCAUUAGGCUUCAUUCUAGCUGAUUAUUCCAUAAGCUAUGGGGUCAGGACAGCUCAGGUCUUCCAAAGGUUCCUGGAAACUCAGCAUGUACUCCCCUCAAAUGGCCUUUUGAGCGCUGAACGCAGUUGGAAGAUGGACAAAUUCUGGCGCCGGUUUGCAGUUACGGUGGUGCUGCUAUUGACGCUGGGCUUGUUAUGGGGGAUCAGCGGAGCUUUGGAAAAGAGAGAGUUUCACAGUGGUAGCAGUGGAGCCCAGCUAUGGUUAGCAUGCCUUGUUGGACCUUUCGGUGUGUGGAUCAGGUGGUUCUUAGCCCGUCGACUCAAUGGACGUGGCUUAGGAAAAUCGGGCCUGUUGAAAUGGGUUCCUUUUGGGACUCUAGUUGCCAAUGUUUCUGCGGCUUGUGUCAUGGCAGCGCUUGCAACUCUGAAGAAAGCGGUGAAUACACAAACUUGUAAUACCGUAGCAACUGGCAUACAGUUUGGCCUGUUGGGUUGUCUAAGCACUGUUUCCACUUUCAUCGCUGAGGUUCACUUGCUGAGAGAGAGCGAACACCCUUGGAGAGGAGAUGCUUAUGCCCUAGUCACCAUUGUCGCGUCCUUUGGCUUGGGCACCUUGAUCUACUCGGUACCAGUUUGGACGCAGGGAUACAAUCAUUAGGAUGUCGAGUACAGUGCCUUUAGACUCUGGUGGGAUCAUGGAUUUUUGGCUGAGUUUUACCGAGGAAAAUCCGAAGGAGUAUUUACUUUCAUUGUGGAAAAAAAAUCACGUAUUUUGUAGAAUGAGAGCGUUUUGGCUAAAUAGUAGUAGCAAUUAUUUUGUGAACAGUUUAAAAGUGGAACAGUACCUCUUCAAAGAUGAAAAGCCACUAUUCACUCAUUAGCAAUUAUUUUAUCAAUUUUUUUUUUUUAACAAA